AACAUAUGUGUGCAGUGAAUAGUUUAGGGGUCCAAUGGAAAUCCUAAUAAAUAAUAUGAACUGGGUUCUAUAUGCACACCCAGCUGAUUAUUGGUGAUUUUCUCCCCUGUUGUUUUAAGUAAUUGAGUCAGAUUAAAUUAUUUAAAAUUAGUACUCCAACUAGAUUCUUAGAAUGGCAAACCUCCUAAAUCAGACAAGUCUAUACAAAGGAAAGGGAGAUUAUGCAAGGAUAUGUGAUAUCCUCAAAUGCCACAGUAGAUCGGAUAGUCUUUAUUUGAACCCGACAGAAAUUUAACAUUUAGGAUUUUUAAGGAAAGGUACAAAGAGUGAAGACUUUUUUUUUUUUUUUUAACCAGUAGUAUAAGGGGACAACAAAAAGCUGUUGUUGACCUAAACAUUUCAAUACAUGUCUUCCACUCAACAUAAAAUGCUCAAGAAAGACAACAUAUGUGAGAACCAUCUUUCAGAAAAUGUUUGAUUAAAAAUAGUUACACUUCUAUCAGCUGUGUUUCAAGUCCCUUGCAUUUGAUGUUUAUAACUAAAGAGAAACUAAGAAUACUAACUGGUAAGCUAUUUGUAUUUUACAAUCAAAGUCAUUCUUGUCAAUUUAUGUUUUUUUGCAGAGUGGACCACACAGGAGGAUGUGUCACAUUAGUUGAGGAUGUGAGGGGGUGCUUUCUGGUCAUUCUAGAGGAAAAUUGGUGAGAGUUUCUGAAGUCCCAUGAGGCUACGCCUCUUGUCACCUACCUCUGUGAAACAGAAGGCAGUUUGAUUUUUAAAACUUCAUGCGCAGCUUUCGGGAAAAAGAGGGAAGUGAGCCUUCUCUGGCACUCCUUGCUGAGUCAAAAACAGGCAGGGACAAGCUUGGCCUAGAGGAAGGUUCCUGUGCUUUUCUGCCAGCCUCUCCCACUAGGCGCUCCAUGAUGAAAUUAGAAUGGAAAAAACUUUAAAGGGAAAUUUUAUAGGCAGUAUAGUAGAUUAUAAAAUGUUUAAUGACAGGAAACUUUUCUUAUGAAAGGACAAGACAUAAGAGUUAGUCUGCAUACUUACUUUCCCUAGAUUUUUCUCUGAAUAUAUAUAUAUAUAUAUUUUGCUAUAAGAGUCAGUAUAAACUCUACACUGUGAAUAAAUAUAUUUUUUAUUUAGACAGCAAAGAGGAAUCAAUAGUAUCAAAGUGAGCACCAGUUAUUCUUCAAUGGAGUGCAGUUUUAACCCACGUUUACCCUGAAAAGGAGCCAUUGUAUACAAUGGCAAAUUUGGGUUGAAGUUAGUAAAAAUUAAUUUUCUUGAAAAUGCCAGUAUUUAUAGAUGCAUUCUUACGUAGUAAAAAUAUAAAAACAUCUUGGGGAAUGAAAGUUCAGAGUAGCAGUUUACCCAAGGAGAAGGAAGGAGGACAAAGUGGUGGAUAGCUGUAACUCUUUUAUUUGAGAGAGGAGAGAGAACUAUCAAAAGCAAAUAUGGUAAGAUGCUAGUAUCUACUAAAUUUAGGUUGAAGUACAUGGUUUCUGUUACAUCAAUUUUUAAACUAUAUGCUUGAAAUAAUUUAUAAUUUAAAAAAAAAAUGAAGAUUUGCACAGCAAGACAGGAAGCUAAAUGGAAAUUUUCUUCUUCGCUAUGUGAAAGAAACAGGCAGCGAUGGUUCAGUAGCCUGAGUUCUAGAAAUAAUCUCAACAUGGUAAGAGGGUAUGUAAGCCAAGACUACACCUAUACGAAACAGGGUUUAUGCAUGGGCCACAUUUCCAGUAGAAAAUGCAGGAUUUGACAAUUUCAGUCUUUCUUGGGUUUCCCGCCCGCCGCAGUCUUGGACCAUAUAAUCAUGGUGGAUAUGAUGGAGCUGCCCAGGGCGCGCAUCAACGCCAGCAUGCUAAUUCAGUUCAUUGACAAGCCUGUCUGCUUCGUAGGGAAGGUGGAAAAGAUUCAUCCCUCCGGAAAAAUGUUUAUUCUUUCAGAUGGAGAAGGAAAAAAUGGAACCAUCGAGUUGAUGGAACCUCUUGAUGAAGAAAUAUCUGGAAUUAUGGAAGUGGUUGGGAAAGUAACCGCUAAGGCGACCAUCAUGUGUUCAUCUUAUGUCCAGUUGAAAGAAGAUAACCAUCCUUUUGAUCUUGGACUUUACAAUGAAGCUGUGAAAAUUAUCCAUGAGUUCCCUCAGUUUUAUCCUUUAGGGAUUGUGCAACAUGACUGAUCCUGAUGGAUUUUCAUAUGAUUGCAAAUGAGCGAUAUUAAAGACUAUUAAAGGAGGAAAAAAAAAAAAGAAAA